GGGAAACCACUCACGACAACUUCCUUAACUUCACCCAAACCUUGGACGACCACUCUUCGCCACUUUUCUUCAGCGAACCGCCACUGCCGCCGCAGUCAGUGGAUAGUCAUCACCUUCUUGAACCUUCGGCGGCUGAUGAGCUUCUUUUUGGCGGCUUCAACAACCAUGAUUUUGUUCUUCCUGAACCCACUCCGAUGGACACUAUUUUCAACUCUGGUGACCCUAUUUUCUCCGGCGACUGCUUUUCGCUGCCGCCUGACUUCUCCUUUCAGCAAGAGCUCGAAUUCCGGGAGCCCCCUCCGAAGCGCAAGAAGUUGUUCCAAAGUAAAGAAGAAGAUAUUACCCAGAGCUGUUUCGGCGUCUUCAUUCCGAACCCUCCUCGGCUGCACGAGUUCAAUCCUCCGCCUCCGCCGCUGCCGGAGCUCCCGUGUGCGCCGCUUACGGCUUACUACUCGGAGGGGGAGAGUUGGAAUGUGGGGAAGAAGAGCGACGGCGGGAAGACGCUGUCGCCGCAGAGCAUCGCCGCUCGGGAGAGGCGGAGGAGGAUCACGGAGAAGACGCAGGAACUGGCAAAGCUGAUUCCCGGCGGCCAGAAGAUGAACACCGCCGAGAUGUUUCAGGCUGCCUAUAACUACAUCAAGUUCAUGCAAACCCAAGUUUCAGUACUGCAGUCUUGCCUCUCGCCAUCUCAGGAAAAUGGGGAGACACUUAUUAAUGAAGAUUUAGAGACACUUGUCGGGUCUUCGUUGAUUCAAGAGAAAUUGUAUUCGAAGGAAAAGUGUCUGGUUCCAGAAAAGUUCAUCCAAACCCUACCAAAUUCUCAAGAUCUAUUGAUGAGCUCAAUCAACCCACCAAUUUAGGAAUCUAUUUUUUCCCAAUUUUUUGUCUUCUUGUUUAAUUUCCA